AUGGCGUCUCUAUUAGCAGCUACAUUUUCUCCUAAUCUAUGCGGACAUAGUAAAGGCGGCAUAUCAGUUGUUCCUACUACUACUGUGCCCAGAAAGUUGAAGGUGAGAAAGAGUACAACAGUUGAUGCACAUAAGGUUGGACCUAGUAGGCCGUAUAAGGAUAGACGUAGUAUCAAGCAAAAAAAAGAAAAAAAAGAGGCACUUAGAAUCUUGCAAAAGAAAAAGGAAGAGCAGAAAAAAAAGGAUGUACGUAGAAUACCAACAGGAGUCGUUCAUGUUCAAUCAAGCUUCAACAAUACCAUUGUAACGGUUACAGAUGUAGAGGGUCGGAUGUUUUCUUGGUCUUCUUCCGGGAGUUGUAAAUUCGAGAACACCAAAAAAGGAACGCCAUUGGCUGCCCAAACUGCAGCAGAAGAUGCUAUUCGCAAAGCCGUCGAUCGAGGAAGUGGUAUCCGAAUAAGUAUUGUUCGGGAUGUAACCCCUAUGCCACAUAAUGGAUGUAUACCUCCUAAAAAAAGACGUGUAUAG